CUCAUGAAAGUGAUCAAAUAUAGAAUUACUGUAUUUAGCUGGCGGGGUAUUGACCUAUAGCUUGCAGACUGUAACCUGAGACCCUGUCACAAAGGCUGCCAGGGUCCAGAGCUGAAGAUACUCUCCAAGCGUUAUUGCAAGCGUUUUUGUUGACGUUGAAGAUAGAAGACUACCUGGCGCAGCUUUCGGCAAUUCGAACUUCAGACCUCCUCGGCCUACUGAACAGACGGCCACUAUGUUGCCGCUUCGGGGCCAGACGCUGGCAGCGGGCGUGCUGGAUCGUGAACGAGGACUUUGGGGAGCCCGCUUCAGCGCCAGUCAGCAACAUCAACAGCGUGAGCUACUUAGAUGUGUUACAUUUGAGGCUACGGCGACGGCAAUCCCGUUACCGCCGGCGACAGAAACUUCCGGGGCGCCCCUGUGCUUACAGUUUAACAAGAAUUCGUCGCUAUGCAAUCGUCAGCUUCUAGCAGUCGGGGGCGAGGAAGGCUUCAUUACUAUUGCCAGCACGGAGGACUUGGACGGCUUGCAGCGGGAUGUCAGUGAUGGCAGCUGGCGCCCUCGCGCGCACUGGCCGUGCCAUCGCAAUAGCAUCUUUGACCUGGCUUGGGCUAAGAACGACGCCGUUAUCUACACUGCGUCUGGCCACCAACACGUCGGUAUUUGGGACACCGACACCGCCAAGGGCCUGGCGGUUGCCGAGGGUCACGAGGGCUCUGUAAAAUCCGUUUCGCCUCUGCAUCUUUGCGAAGACGUCUUCGCAACAGGCGCUCGCGAUGGCCGCAUCAUGCUGUGGGACGCCCGCUGCCAGGGCUUUAGCGGCUAUGGGCCCUUGGGAGGCCGCCGAGUACAGACCAGAACUGGGUUGGAUUGUGCACCAGUGCUGUCGCCUGUUUGGACCCAGGAGGGGGCACACAACCGCACCGGCACAACGGGCAGCAGGGCCUCGUCUAAGGCCGUCAAACCUGCACCGGUGACUGUCACGUCCGUCGCCUUCGUGCCGUAUUCCUACCUGCUGCUAUCAGGAGGCGCGAACGACACAGUUGUGAAGCUAUGGGACGUCCGCAUGCGCGGUCUGCCGGUGUGCGACCUGGAGCUGCCCAUGCCAGCCGCUGGGACAAGCCUUCACACAGGGCGGUCUGCCGGAGCCAAGAGCCGGGCGCCUAUGACUUCCUCGUUCCCGGGCGUGCCGUACGAGGUUGGGGCUUACUCCUGUCCUUCGAGGAGCUCCGCUGUCGGCGUGACCCACAUCACUGUUUCCGAUUCAGGUGACCGGCUCCUCGUCAGCUGCCUCGACUCGCAGCAUCACCUCUUCUCCCUUAGCCGCCUGGCCGCUGGUCCCCUUGCAACAUGGUGCGCGCCGCCACCGGCGUUGAAGGCAAGCUUCUACAUGCGCAGUGUCUUUAGCCCCUGCGGCGACUACGUGCUCUGUGGCUCCCGUGACGCCGGUGCGCACAUUUGGAACAUGGCUGACCCGCAACGGCCGCCAGUUGAGCUGCCGCACGCUCAGGAGGUCACCGGCGUGGCGUGGUCCGGUGGCGACUGGGGCAAGGUUGCUACAUGCAGCGACUCCGGUGAGGUGCGCGUGUGGACCCUCAGCAGGCUGCCUGCGCGUGCCGUUGAGGACGGUGCUGGUGCGGCCGUGGCGUCUUGCUUUGGAGCUCGAGCAUUGCAACAGGCAGCGAAGGUCGCAUCUGGCUCAGGUGGCGGUGCUACUUCGGCGCCGGUCAUCCCUCUCCGCCAGGGUACCGCUGCGCCUGCCACACCCGCUGCAGUCCGGCCACCUGGUCGCCGCAUGGUGCAGCUACGCCUCAACCUAUCCCGCGCGCCCCGUGAGACUCCUACACCCGCGCCUCCAGCGGCAGCGGCUGCAUCCACUCCGGUCCAGGACCUCGCUACCGCCACGACGCCGCACAGCAGCAUGCCGGCAUCUGCGCCUGUGUCCGCGCCUCCACAGGCCCAAGGUCCGUCAGCAGCCGCUGCCCGCGUGGAGAGUGUGAACCCGCCCGCAUCUGACGAAGAGGAGCGUGCCGCUGCUCUCCGCGCAAGUGCGCUGAAGUCGCCAGUUUCUGCCGCACCGGUGCAGCCUGCUACCCGACGCCGCUCCGGCCCGCUGCCUCCAGUGCCAAUUUUCAGUCCGGUGUUCAACCGUUGGCAGCCGCGAGACACGGGAGCUUCUCCGGCACCAUUUCCGCAGCCGGCAACGUCCUCCAGAGAGGCGGACGCUGCGGGUCCGUCGGCUGUUGAUCCGUGUGGAGGCCUCGAGGCUGCCAUGAAGGCCCUGCCCCAAGUGCGCACGCAAUCGCCUGUCGAUAGGCCACAGCGGAGCGACAAACCGCAGGUGAUGGACCUUCAGCCGCGUCGGCUGGCCGAGGAGUUGUUCAUGGGUAUUGACGCCAAGCCACAGCUGCAGCCUCGUGACGGAACCGACGACGCUGACGGUGAAUGGCUAACGCGACGUCCUUCAGCUGGGGUGACGUCUGCAGCCACGGAGCCGCCUGCUGCGGCGACGUCUGUUCCUGCGACCGGCAGCACGCUCUUGGCUGCACGUGUGCCCGCAUUUUCGCCACGAAAAACGCCGACAACAAGCUUCCAGCGCUCGCGCUCAAGGCUUGGGCCGUUCAGCCCCUCCAACUCGGCUCACAGCAGUGGCUCUGGUCCGUCGUUUAGCAGCAACAGCAGCGGCGGUGCAACCACGCCCCGGCAGCACCAGCCGCCACAGGGUGUCGUGGCCCAAAUACUGCGGAACUCCCCGCGGCCUGGCAGCGUCCGUUCAGCCGAGAACUUAUUUGGCCUGGCGGUACCGUCGCCACGGAGCCGCGCUGCCAGCCCACGCGUUGAGUCUGGUGGGGCCCUUCCCGUGGGCCGGAGGCUCUUUGGAGGGCCCGAGCAGGUUCAGCCAUUGCCGCAGCCGGACGCCUGGGCCGUGAAUUCCGACGGCCCCAAUGCUGUCAGCGCUUUUGGUUGGGAUGCAGACAACGCAGCUGCAGGCCCAAACGUCGUCGGCGCCAUCGGCCACCUGCUUCAGCGGCCCGACUCGCCCAUUGGCAACCACGGCAGUCCGCGGGUACUCGCGAACCUCAUGUACGACGUCCAAGAUGGCCAGGAGGUAGCUCCUGCUCUCCGCUACCGUGAGUUGCACCCGGAAGACUCUGGGCCGUUCAACUGUUUCGACGGCGUGGACUAUGAUACAUACCGACGCAUUAGCGAUGGUGGUGAGAAUGACGGGGGCGGCAUCCCUGCAAGCGCUCCCGGUCUGCAGCGGGCGCACCGGACCUCAACCAGCGGCGCGGGGAGCCCACGAGGGGAGUUGCUAUCUGGUCCACUGCUGAGUUGGGAGGAUGGUGACGAGCCAGGCUCGCGUGAGAAUGAGGCGGGUGGCGUCGGGGAUUUGUUUGCUGGCUGGGCGCUACGUCGCUUGGACUCUAGCAGCAUGCGGCUUGUGGAGCGCAGUGGCUCGGAUGUCAUAUCAGACGACGGCUCCGAUUUUGACUUUGACCCUUACGGUGAUAAGGAGAACACGCCGCCGCCUGAGCCGCUGGAGGCCCCAUCUGCAGAUCCCGUGGCCAGCGGCACCUUUGGUGAUGGCGCGAGCGCACCCACUGCUCCCGUGCCUGGUUCCCCUCGGCCAACCACCACGGAGCAAUCGCUUCCAAGGCUCCUGGACGCGUCCGCUGCCGUCUCUUCACGUUCCCAGCCCUCACGGCAGGGUGGCGCUGCGGCAACGCCAUUCGCUGCAGCACUGCCCUUUCCUGAAGUCACCGGUCCAGAUGCUGGGGUCGGCGGCUUCAGGGCGGUAGGAGCGCCUUCCCUCCACAGCGUGCCGUCCAUGGGUGCAGGCAUGAGUUCCGGUCAAAACGCCAUCGCAGCAGGAGAUAACAGUGCAAGUAAUGGUCUGGAGGAGGCGCUCAGCUUUGGAGUCGGCUGCCUGCUGCCUCGCUACAACUCCGCCGCCAGCUCCGAUGACGGCAUGGAGGGCGAGAUCGGGCAACUGGCAGAGCUACCACCACCGAUGGCUACCCCGCUGCGCCAUGGCGGCAGCUGCGGCCGCCGCUGCCACCCUGGCAGCGCGAUUGGCGCGACCGAUGUCGACGCUAGCGCUGCUGGGCUUGAAAGGCGCACCACUGACAAUCCGUCCCCUCCCAAGCGUGCACGCAAGGCCUAUCGGAGCGAUGACAGCGAUGAAGAAGAUGCUGACAGCCGGCUGCCUUCACCACCACGCAGCACGCGGCCGCCGCGGGUGCCUUCAUGCGCAAUGCCGACGCCCAUGGGAAAGCAGCGCCCGAGCGCGAGCAUGGUGAUGGCGUCGCCUUGCGUGCGUGGAGGACGACGUCCUGGAUGCGGCGUCAGUCGUCUGGCGGAUGGUGGCUUUCUGGGAGCCGUUUCCGCUGCCGCUGCCAGCAUCGGUUCGGAGAGUCCUGCUCCCAAGAUCGGCACGGCUUCCCGUACCGGGCGCCGCGAGACGCCAGCUGCUGAGGAGUUUUUCCGGCGGCGCGCUGAGGAGGACCGCGACGGCAUGAUGAUGUCUCCCUUUGGCUUUGGUGAGCUGCCCGGGUCUGCCGCUCCCAAGGUCGCUGCCUCUGUCUCUGAACGCCGUGGUGCGUCGCGGCUGGCGAGAGGAUGUGGCGCUGCCGGUCUGGCCGCAGUGGAGACCGGCCAGCUUUUGUUCUCCGAGGGUGUGAUUUCCGACGACAAGGCGGAUGCAAGGGAGGAAUUGGCUCAGCGGGAGCAGGAUGAGGAGGACUUCAGGGCCAUCCAGGGCAGCGUGCGGUCGCUGUCGUGCGUCUUUGAGACUCAGGACACGGCGGCGCAGGUGGCGAGCACGAUGAUGGUACCCGGCACGCUCCCUGCUGAGGAGGAAGGUGGUGCAGAAGUGCAGGAUGAGGACGAGGAUCAGCAUCGGCGCUAUGGUGCCCCAAUGCGGCUGUCGUUUGAGGACCGCACUGUGGCAUCUCCGGCGCCUUUCGGCAUGGGAACAGCAGCCGGCGGUGACAUUGUUGGCCGCGAUGAGGGAGCCGAGCGACAAGGCAGCAUCGGGUUUGGCAGCCUCUUCGGUCACAGCCAGCAGCAGCAACCGGUCACCGACUACCAGCAACGCCGUCGCGGUUCAUCCUCUGGCCAUGCUGCUCCAACCCCGCUUCCGUUGGACGAGUCGAGCAGGUGCUUCCCCGUAGCUGGGUUUGGUGCCAUGGCCAACGCUUCGGAUGCCUUGUUGACUGGAUGGGCCGGGGGCAAUGGAGCGCUACCAAUUGCAACAGAGCACCGGCAGCCGCACCAGCAGCGGCCGCAUGAGCUUCUGCAACCUAGCUUUUCGGGCUUCUCCCCGCAUGGGCCUCUUGCACCGCCUGCUGGCGGCACUGGGGGUGCGCAGACUCAGCAGCUACUGCCGGGAACCCUGGGGCGCAAGCACAAGCAGCAAACCCUGCGACAGUGCUGGGGCGCAGGCGCUGUGCCCCUGCAGGGACCAAACUCGGUCAUGGAAGGCCCGGUGCAAAUGCCUGCGCCUAUGUCUCGGCCCCUAGGCCCCACCGGGCUGGCCUCCCCGCGCUACUUCCGCUGAGGGCGGUUUGCUUGCAGCUUGUACGAUACAGGAGCUCAUGCCAUUCCGUGUAGCCACUGCCGUUUCCGGCUAUUGGCCGCAGGGUGUAGAUGUUUUGAAAGGAUGGAUUUAAACCUUCUAGUUAGGCAUGCGCACGACGUGCACAGGAGAUGUUAGCAGGCUGUUGCGGGCGCUGGUGAGAUUCCCAGCGGUGAAUGCGUUUUAGGUGCUGAUCCCUUUUCCGCCCAUCAGGUGUGUAACCGUUGUGUAGUUUGCGGGGGUAGAUGUAGUUUUAGGAUUGAGGCUGGGUGAAGCCCUUGAGAGGCGUAUUACUAUGUAGUUUGGCUGCAUGGGCCAAUGCCCUGUCCCAAUUGUCAAGAGCAGGCCGGGUUGCUGUUUAGUGCCACCCCUAGAUUGCAUCAAUUUAGGGCGCAAGUCGCUGCGCAGAACAGCGCUGACUUGACAAUGGAGGAUUGCCGUGUUAGCAGGAGUGCACGUUAGCCCGAUGCCGGGUCCGUUGCGGCAUGUCGCUGCAACAUAGCGACCAUGGCAAGUAGCAUUGCCAUAAGUCCAGCUGGCAGCGCCUGGGUGUAAUAUACGUUCGCG